AUGAAGCACAUGCACGUGCCUGUGCUGUAUCAAGACGAUGGUCGACGGUCGCUCAUGCUCUCCACGACGAGCUUCGAGCGAGGGCAAUGCAAAGCGGACACGCAGGAGGUCCAGCUGUUGACUAAAAUGUAG